GCUGAUUUCCAGUCAGUAGUAAAUAUAAAGUGUGCAUGGACAGAUGUAACCAAUAGGCGGUACUGUGCCAUUCUCCAUGAAGCUUUCUCCAUCUCCAGCCCUGAGGACAACACUGUCUCUGCUUUGGUUUGCUUCCUAGUUGACCUAAAUACUGCAUCUCUCGGUCCCUCAAGGCAGACGAUCACACAGCCUACGAGAGAGGCUCCGAAGAACGAGACGGUCUAGAGGUUGUUGGGUUUUUUUUUUUUCCUGGAGUAAUUCAUCGUCCCUUCAACGAGACAUUUCUGUCUGGAUCUCUUACAGCUGAGGUUUCGGCUCUCUCUCUUGCUCUCAUGGGCAGCGUCGGGAUGGUUUACGCGGAGCAGAAGACACUCCUGGCUGGAAUCAAGACACAUUCCCGGGAAUGAUUUUAUAAACAUCCAAAUCUGUUGGGUUUUUUGUUUGUUUGUUUUAAAAACAACGUGCCUGGAGGACGGCCAGAAAAAGUCGAAAUGCUUGACGAUAAAGCUCCGAGAUCGAAGCUAGGUCCUCCGUCGAGAGGUUCGUCUUUUUACAUUGAGAAUUUACUGGGGACUACACACAGAGCAGCUUCAGCGGAGGAGCAGGCGGAGACCCCGAGCUUCAAAGUUACCGUCCACAGCCCGGUGAUCUGCCCGGUGAUCUGCCCGGGACUGGAAACAAAACGUGUGGGCGACAGUGAAGCGCUGAGCUGGAGCGGGACAUCACCAAACACCGCGCACGGCACCUCGAGAAGUCCGCCGUACAGGGACGGACACGCAGACUCCGUGCCGACGUGCGACCGGGAUUCCCCAACUUCAACGGGGCGGGCGGAGGAGACCGAUGAGCCGGAGGAGAAAGGGGACGAUAGUCUGACGGAUGACAGGGACGAGGACGACGCGCGCUCCUCCUGCUUCUCUCGAGACGACAGCUGUGAUACAGGUGACAUGAAAAUGGCACGAAAGAAGAAGACCCGCACCGUGUUCAGCCGGAGUCAGGUGUUCCAGCUCGAGUCCACCUUCGACCUGAAGCGCUACCUGAGCAGCUCGGAGCGAGCCGGGCUGGCCGCCUCGCUGCAGCUCACCGAGACCCAGGUGAAGAUCUGGUUUCAGAACCGCAGGAACAAGUGGAAGAGGCAGAUCGCUGCAGACAUGGAGGCCAGCAGUGCCAUCGUCCCCUACCCUGCCCAGAGGGUCGUCAGAGUUCCUGUGUUGUAUCGCGAUAGCGUCACCGGGCCCGUGACGCUCACCAGCCUGCCUCAAGUGUCGCAACCAGUGCUCGGUUUCUCCAGUCAUAUCAGCUAUCCAUUGACUUCCCACUUCACCCAUCCGGUGUCAUUCCUAACACCACAGAUGACUGGACUGGUGUGACUUUAAGGACCAAGGAUAACUGUGACUCUUUCGUGAAACCAAUUAAUCAAAUAAAGAUGCUGCAAAAAACAUUUUAGUUCAGAGCCUGUCAAGUCAGACAAUAACAGUCAUCCUGUGUUUAACUGCUUCUUUUAGGGAUUUUCUAGAAGGAACUUCAAUAAAUUAAUCCAGAUUCACAUUAAAGGUGAAUCACUCAUCUCGUAGGCAAUCAUGGUCCUUCAACAGCUGCUUUAAAAUCCUUUAAACAAGAAACUUUCACCCCUUUAGUAGCAUUGUUUUUUAUUUUGAACGUAAGUAAUUUUGAGAUUCAGUUUCACACCAGGUCACACAGGUUUCAAGUAUAGCUCUAUUUAGUCCUGAUUUUUCACAGAAAUUGUAUGGAUGAUCCACACAUAUGGGAUCAAAUAAGGGUCAAUACGAUUUUGAGCUUGUGAAAUGAAGCCUUUGUAAAACUGCACGAGAAGUUCAAGAUUGAGGAUGUGUAGGGGGAAAAAUCUGUAGUAGAUUUAGAAUGAAGAAUUAGUGCACAAAUAUUAUCAACGCUCAACACAAAGAAAACAUCUGAGUACAGAUUCAAAGCAGGAAACUGUGAAAGUCAAACUGUCUGUUUUUAAUCUGUACUCUGGUGGUUAGUUCAGCUUUUUUUUAUCAGAGUAACCUCCCCACAGAACACACAUAUUAUUACACACGCACGAUUUCUCAUGCAGUUUUCUCUUUAUAAAGGCUGAAAUACAACCUUUUCUCAACGUUACUUCAUGAGCCCUGAACCUUUUUGACCCUUACGUGAGCUCAUACAUAUAUAUAAGUUGGGGAAUAUGAUGCACUGUAUCCUUGGACCGGUCUACAAAAUGUAGAAACUUGAUCAUUUAUGCAAAAGGAUUUUGUUGUUUGUGACUUUUAAUCUUUUGAUAGCUGUAAGCACGUAAUUAGCAAUAUUCAUUGACACAAUUUUUUUAUUUUUAUUUAAUGAGGAUUUUAAUACAGACUUUUGUACACUGAUGUGUUCACGUGUGAAUAAAAUAUAUGCACAGAC